GCAGAAGCCUGGGAGCUGCGGGUGGAGAGGUUUGGGAGGCGCGAGAGAUGUCCACCCUGGGCUGGUGGCGCCGCCGGGCGCCAGGCGCCAUGUGGGUGCGCUAGGCGGCUGUUCGCGCCCGAGGCUGCGCUGCACUGAGGUGAGCUUUGCCUUCUUGAUCUUCCAUCCUUCUUGGAGACGACUGGCGAGAGGAAGAGGGACUAGGUCCAAACGCUAGGUGGCUGGGUCCAGCCGGAGACUCGCACCAAGGAGGAGAUCAUCGAGCUCUUGGUCCUUGAGCAGUACCUGACCAUCAUCCCUGAAAAGCUCAAGCCUUGGGUGCGAGCAAAAACGCCAGAGAACUGUGAGAAACUCGUCACUCCGCUGGAGAAUUACAAGGAGAUGUACCAACCGGAAGACGACAACAGCAGUGACGUGACCAGCGACGACGACAUGGCCCAGAACAGAGGAGAGUCCUCACCACCUCACUCAGUCCAUUCUUUCAGUGGUGACCGGGACUGGGACCGGAGGGGCAGAAGCAGAGACAUGGAGCCACGAGACCGCUGGUCCUAUACCAGGAACCCAAGAAGCAGGCUGCCUCAGCGGGAUCUUUCCCUUCCUGUGAUGGCGAAAACAAGCUUUGAAAUGGAAAGAGAUGAUGACAGGGACUCCAGGGCUUAUGAGUCCCGAUCUCAGGAUGCUGAAUCAUACCAAAAUGUGGUAGACCUCACUGAGGACAGGAAACCUCACAACACAAUCCAGGACAACAUGGAAAACUACAGGAAGCUGCUCUCCCUGGGAGUGCAGCUUGCUGAAGACGAUGGCCACUCCCACAUGACGCAGGGCCACUCAUCAAGAUCCAAGAGAAGUGCCUACCCAAGCACCAGUCGAGGUCUAAAAACUAUGCCUGAAGCCAAAAAAUCAACCCACCGGCGGGGGAUUUGUGAAGAUGAAUCUUCCCACGGAGUGAUAAUGGAAAAAUUCAUCAAGGAUGUGUCGCGCAAUUCCAAAUCGGGAAGAGCAAGGGAGUCAAGCGACCAGUCACAGAGAUUCCCCAGAAUGUCAGAUGCUAACUGGAAGGACGUUUCAUUGCACAAGAGGGAGUCAGUGAUCCAGCAGAGGGUUUAUGAAGGGAAUGCAUUUAGGGGAGGCUUUAGGUUUAAUUCAACCCUUGUUUCCAGAAAGAGAGUUCUGGAAAGAAAGAGGCGCUAUCAUUUUGACACGGAUGGGAAGGGCUCAAUUCAUGAUCAAAAAGGCUGUCCCAGGAAGAAGCCCUUUGAAUGUGGUAGUGAGGUGAGAAAAGCUGUGAGCAUGAGCAACCUGAGCAGCCUCAGCUCCCCGUCCUUUACCGAGUCGCAGCCAAUUGAUUUUGGGGCAAUGCCAUAUGUAUGUGAUGAGUGUGGGAGGUCGUUCAGUGUCAUCUCAGAAUUUGUUGAGCACCAGAUCAUGCAUACUAGAGAGAACCUCUAUGAGUAUGGUGAGUCCUUUAUUCACAGUGUGGCUGUCAGUGAAGUUCAGAAAAGUCAGGUUGGAGGGAAACGUUUUGAAUGUAAGGACUGUGGAGAGACCUUCAAUAAGAGUGCCGCCUUGGCUGAACAUCGGAAAAUUCAUGCUAGAGAAUAUCUUGUGGAAUGUAAGAAUCAGGAGUGUGAGGAGGCCUUCAUGCCUAGCCCAACCUUUAGUGAGCUUCAGAAAAUGUAUGGGAAAGACAAAUUCUAUGAGUGCAGGGUGUGUAAGGAAACCUUCCUUCAUAGUUCUGCCCUGAUUGAGCACCAGAAAGUCCACUUUGGGGAUGACAAAGAUAAUGAACGUGAACGUGAACGUGAGCGCGGGGAAACCUUUAGGCCCAGCCCAACCCUUAAUGAGUUUCAGAAAAUGUAUGGUAAAGAGAAAAUGUACGAAUGUAAGGUGUGUGGGGAGACUUUCCUUCAUAGCUCAUCCCUGAAAGAACAUCAGAAAAUCCAUACUAGAGGGAACCCGUUUGAAAAUAAGGGUAAAAUAUGUGAGGAAACCUUUAUUCCUGGUCAGUCCCUUAAAAGGCGUCAGAAGACUUACAAUAAGGAGAAGCUCUAUGACUUUACAGAUGGCCGGGAUGCCUUCAUGCAAAGCUCAGAGCUCAGUGAGCAUCAGAAAAUUCAUUCUCGAAAGAACCUCUUUGAAGGCAGAGGGUAUGAGAAGUCUGUCAUUCAUAGUGGACCCUUCACUGAAUCUCAGAAGAGUCAUACUAUAACACGACCUCCCGAAAGUGAUGAGGACGAGAAGGCAUUCACCAUUAGCUCAAACCCCUAUGAAAACCAGAAGAUUCCCACUAAGGAAAAUGUCUAUGAGAGGAAAUCAUAUGAGAGGUCUGUUAUUCAUAGCUUAGCCUCUGUGGAAGCUCAGAAAAGUCACAGUGUAGCGGGGCCCAGUAAACCAAAAGUAACAGCAGAGUCUGCCAUUCAGAGCUUCGAUGCUAUCAACCAUCAGAGAGUUCGUGCUGGAGGGAACACCUCUGAAGGAAGGGAAUACAGUAGGUCUGUUAUCCAUAGCUUAGUGACUUCCAAACCUCCAAGAAGUUACAGUGGAAAUGAAUUGGUGGAAUCUAAUGAGAAGGGAGAAUUCUCCAUUUAUGUCUCAGACCUUAAUGAUAAGCGACAGAAGAUUCCUGCCAGAGAGAACCCUUGUGAAGGGAGCAGUAAGAAUCACAACUAUGAAGAGUCUGUCAUACAGAGUGUAUCCCAUGCCAGACCUCAGAAAAGUGUUCCUGGAGAGGGAUCUGGUGAAUUUAAGAAGGAUGGUGAAUUCUCUGUUCCCACCUCAAAUGUCCGUGAAUACCAGAAGGCUCGUGCUAAAAAGAAAUACAUUGAGCAUAGGAGCAAUGAGACCUCUGUAAUUCACUCUCUACCUUUUGGUGAACAAACAUUUCGCCCUCGAGGGAUGCUCUAUGAAUGUCAGGAGUGUGGGGAGUGCUUUGCGCAUAUCUCUGACCUCACUGAGCACCAGAAGAUUCAUGAUAGAGAGAAGCCCUCUGGAAGCAGAAACUACGAAUGGUCUGUCAUUCGCAGCCUGGCCCCUACUGACCCUCAAACAAGUUAUGCCCAAGAGCAGUAUGCUAAAGAGCAAGCGUGGAACAAAUUUAAGGAAUUCAGACAAUUUUUUGCUACCAGCAAAGACCCGAACACACACCAGAAAAUCUAUGACCAAGAGAAGUCUCAUGGCGAGGAGUCUCAAGGUGAGAAGACCCGUGGGGAGGAGACCCACGGCGAGGAGACAAUGGAAGACCCUGUCAUUCAAGGCUCAGACAUGGAAGACCCGCAGAAGGAUGACCCAUUCAUAGAUGACACAAUCUAUGAAUGUGAGGACUGUGGCCUGGGCUUUGUGGAUCUCACAGACCUCACAGACCAUCAGAAAGUCCACAGCAGGAAGUGCCUGGUUGACAGUCGGGAGUACACACAUUCUGUAAUUCACACCCAUUCCAUCAGCGAGUAUCAGAGAGAUUACACUGGAGAGCAGCUGUAUGAAUGUCCAAAGUGUGGGGAAUCUUUUAUUCAUAGCUCAUUCCUUUUCGAGCAUCAGAGAAUCCAUGAACAAGACCAGUUGUAUUCCAUGAAGGGGUGUGAUGAUGGUUUUAUUGCCCUCUUGCCCAUGAAGCCACGGAGGAAUCGUGCCGCAGAGAGGAAUCCUGCUCUUGCUGGGUCGGCCAUUCGAUGCCUUUUGUGUGGACAAGGCUUCAUUCAUAGCUCUGCCCUUAAUGAGCAUAUGAGACUUCACAGGGAAGAUGAUUUACUGGAGCAGAGCCAGAUGGCUGAGGAAGCUAUCAUUCCAGGCUUAGCCCUCACUGAGUUUCAGAGAAGUCAGACCGAAGAGAGACUCUUUGAAUGUGCAGUCUGUGGAGAAUCUUUCGUCAACCCAGCAGAACUUGCAGAUCAUGUAACUGUUCAUAAGAAUGAGCCUUAUGAGUAUGGGUCCUCCUAUACUCACACCUCAUUUCUUACUGAGCCCCUCAAAGGAGCUAUACCAUUCUAUGAAUGCAAGGAUUGUGGUAAGUCCUUUAUUCAUAGCACAGUCCUCACUAAACAUAAGGAGCUUCAUCUGGAGGAAGAAGAUGAUGAUGAUGAUGAAGCAGCAGCUGCAGCAGCAGCAGCCCAGGAAGCUGAAGCCAAUGUCCAUGUUCCACAAGUAGUUCUGAGGAUUCAGGGGUCAAAUGUAGAGGCUGCUGAGCCAGAAGUGGAGGCUGCCGAGCCAGAAGUGGAGGCUGCUGAGCCAGAGGUGGAGGCGGCUGAGCCAAAUGGAGAGGCUGAAGGCCCAGAUGGAGAGGCUGCAGAGCCCAAUGGAGAGGCUGAACAGCCGAAUGGAGAGGCCGAGCAGCCAAAUGGGGAUGCCGAUGAGCCAGAUGGUGCAGGGAUUGAAGACCCAGAAGAAAGAGCUGAAGAACCAGAGGGAAAUGCUGAAGAGCCAGAGGGAGAUGCCGACGAGCCUGACGGUGUGGGAAUUGAAGACCCAGAAGAAGCUGAAGAUCAAGAGAUUCAGGUGGAAGAACCAUACUAUGAUUGCCAUGAAUGCACAGAAACCUUCACUUCCAGCACAGCAUUCGGCGAGCACCUGAAAACUCAUGCCAGCAUGAUCAUAUUUGAGCCUGCAAAUGCCUUUGGGGAGUGCUCAGGCUACAUCGAACGUGCCAGCACCAGCACAGGUGGUGCCAAUCAAGCUGAUGAGAAGUACUUCAAAUGUGACAUCUGUGGGCAGCUCUUCAGUGACCGCCUGUCCCUGGCCAGACACCAGAAUACCCACACUGGCUGAGGGCAUGGGGUAAAGGUUAGAAAACCUUCACCUAGGACUUGACCCUUACCAAACCACAAAGAAUUCAAACCAAUCCAUGAUAAUGUCAGUAGGAGACUUAACCUUAGUGUGUUACACACCUGACUUAACAUCUCCAAACUCAUAUUGAAAAGAGAACGAAUGUGGAGAUUCCAGUCUUAAGCUUUCCCCGUCAGAUGUCAGUGUCUGCUUGUGGGAAAGCCACAGCACACAUCUUACCUUUCCAAGUCAUCAGAUUGAGAAAACCCUAUGAGUAUUCCAUACUACAAAGGUUGCCCAGACCAACUGUGAAUGAUACUUGUGUAAUGAUAUAUAUAGUGUUUCCCGAGGUGUAUAUAAAAUAGCAAAUUAUGGCAGAACAGUGAUCACAUAUAUUUGGAUUUAAUAUGAUAUACAGUUACAGUUUACAGAGGUACCUUACCUGGUACUCUGAAUUUUUUUUUUUUUUUUUUUUUUUUGGAGGAGGAAGAGAGCAACAAAUUUGAAUAUACUUGUAAGUGUCUUAGAUCCCAAGAAAGAUUUAUUGUGCAUUAUUUGAACCCUGUCAGUAUCUUUUUUGAGUAAUUGUUUUCUUUCUUACCCUUGAACAGUGUUGUGAAGGUGUGGGCAUGAUAGAUAACAUGUCUUUUACUCUUUGCUGUUUGAAAAGAGAAGUACUUUAGCUUCUUUCUGCAGCCAUUUCAUCUGCACCAACACUUUGGAACCUAAUACUGUAUAAGGCUUUACAAUAUAUACGGAUUGACUUUUUGUGACCCAAAUUGAUUAGUUCCCACAUUGUUAUGUUUGUUGAAGUGGUUGUCAUGCAAAAAUAUUACAAGUUUGUUUUUUGGAUUUUUUUUUUUUUUAAACCAACUCAGUAUGUGUUUGAUGAUAGUGAAUUGAUAAAACCCGAAACUUUUCCCUGUAAAUCUUACAUCUUUGCCUUUAAAGAAUGGGUUACAACCAUCACUAGAUCACAGUAGUGCCUAAUGAAGGUUGAGAACCGUAGGAGAGGCUCUCAUUCUGUAAAUAAUGAUGCAGGCUAAUGACCUUUCAUCACUUCCUUUGUGCGCUUCCUGCCUUAAGUGACAAGUAGCAACAUGGCUUGGGUCCCCUGUGCAGCACCAGCCUAUGCUGCCACAAGUCAGUUUGCACCCUAGGUGCCCAGGAGCUAGUAUCCUUAGAUCUUUCUAUCGCUAACUUAAUUCUCUUCGUUAUUUAUCUGACCCUCUAACUCCAUGUCUAACUUGCAUUAAAAA